GUCAGAUGCCAUGGAUUGGCUCCCUCACCGAACGGCUGCUUUCCUGUUGCUUUUGUUGGUGCUCUUGGAUUUCAGCAGAGGAUUUCAUGUAGAGGUAAAAGAGUGGAAUGAAAAUGGCACAGCAAGAUGGAAAACUUUCAGAAGACAAAAACGUGAAUGGAUCAAAUUUGCUGCAGCUUGUAGAGAAGGAGAAGAUAACUCUAAGAGGAAUCCAAUUGCCAGAAUCCGAUCAGAUUGUGAAGAAAACAACCCAAUCACAUACAGCAUCUCUGGAGUUGGAAUUGAUCGUGCCCCCUAUGGAAUAUUUGUGGUUAACCCAAGAACAGGAGAAAUUAAUAUAACAUCCAUAGUGGACAGAGAAAUAACCCCAGUGUUUGUUAUCCGUUGCUUCGCUAAACACUCCCUGACGGGUGUAGAUAUGGAACCACCUCUUGAACUUCGAGUCAGAGUUCUGGAUAUAAAUGACAACCCUCCUAUAUUUGCACAAACUGUGUUUACAGGAUCCAUUGAAGAAAACAGCAUGGACAACACACUGGUGAUGAAAAUAAUUGCAACAGAUGCAGAUGAACCUAAUCACUUGAAUUCUAAGAUUGCCUUCAAGAUAGAAAGUCAGGAACCUUCAGGUCCACCCAUGUUCAUUAUGAAUAAAUAUACUGGAGAGCUCCAUCUUGCAAAUUAUCUUGACAGAGAGCAACACAGCAGUUACACUCUUGUUGUGAAGGCAUCAGACCGGGACGGAGCUGCAGAUGGAAUAUCAUCCCUUUGUAGCUGCAACGUUAAAGUGAUUGAUGUCAAUGACAACUUCCCCACUCUUGCUCAAAGCUCUUUUUCAGCAAGCAUUUCAGAAAACUCCCUCAGCUCAGAACUGCUCCGAAUACAAGCUCUGGAUGCUGAUGAAGAGCUUUCAGACAACUGGUUAGCAGAGUUUUUCUUUAUAUCUGGUAAUGAAGAUAACUGCUUUGAAAUUGUUACAGAUCGAGCUACAAAUCAAGGAAUCCUUAGAGUAAUUAAGGAACUGAAUUAUGAACAUCUCCAAACUCACUCCCUGAUGAUUGGUGUCAGGAAUGUAGCUGCCUUUCACCACUCUGUCGCACAAGACUACCGAAUCUCUGGAACACCUCUCAUAAUAGAAGUGAAAAAUGUGAUGGAACCACCAAGAUUUAAUCCAUCCUCAGUUGUGUUCACCAUCUCAGAAAGCACAAGAGCAAAUUACGUUGUGGGAACAUACACAGCCUUCGAUGAGGACAGUGGGACCACUGCAACCAAUGUUGUGUAUAGCAUAGGACGUGAUCCAGGUGCCUGGUUCAGGAUCAAUCAAAACACAGGUGAAAUCACUUUGAACAAAGUCGUUGACUGGGAAUCAGUCUAUGUGGUCAAUGGGCAGUACAGAGCAGAGGUCCUGGCUAUCACCAAAGGAGCUCCUCGCUAUACUGCUACAGGCACCAUUGUGCUUUCAAUACAAGACAAUGACAACUGCCCACGUAUUAACACCGAGCUAAGGAAAGUCUGUAUGCAUUCCCCAUCAGUGGUUAUUACAGCAAAGGGUACAGACACUCAGUCGUAUGCUCUCCCCUUCACAUUCAGCAUACAUGGUGAACCUCAAACUACAUGGAUUAUCAGAUCACUAAAUGCUUCCUCUGCAGAAUUAGUGAACCAGAACAUGGACUUUUACAUCUAUAGGAUCUAUGUCAAUGUCAGAGAUAGCCAAGGCCGACGCUGCAGGAAGCCAUACAUCAUCCCUGUGCAAGCCUGUCAGUGUGACAGUCGCAAUUACUGCACCAGUGGGGCCACCAGAAUCAUUAUCAUUGGUGGCAGAGGCAGCGGUAGCGGCAGUGGUGGUGGCGGUGCUGGUGGUGGUGCUACAGGGAAUGAGGGUGGUACUGGUGGGGGUGGUGCUGGUGGGGGUGGUGCUGGUGGGGGUGGUAUUGAAGGGGGCCAGCAAGGUGGAGUAGACACAGAGCCAGGAGGAGGUGGUGAGUACAGACCUGCAGAAGACACCACAGACUCGCAGGGUUACACCGAUGGAUACGGUGACGGUGGCGAAGGAUACACUGCAGCCACUGACUAUGGGUACGGAGAUGGAAGUUACGGCAGAGGUCUGGAAUCUGCUACCACACUUAGCGGCUCUGCCAUUGGCCUGAUGUUCCUCGGUGGAUUAAUAUUCGUUUUGAUUCCAAUUUUGAUGUCAAUGAGCGACUGUUGUGGCUGUGGACCUGGUGCUGCAGGUGGAGUUGGAACUGGAUUUGAACCAGUACCUGAGUGCACAGAAGGAGCAAUUCAUCCAUGGGGAAUAGAAGGUGCACAGCCUGAAGACAGGGAUGUCUCACACAUUCUUGCCCCAACAACAGCUGCAGGAGGUGAAUUUGGUGAACCUUCUGACAUCUAUACAAACACAUAUGGAGGAGGAGGAGUAGUAGCUUCUGGUGUUGAAGAAACUACAGGGGUCGGCUAUGGCACUGGUACUGGUUACGGAACAGCUGGAGGAAUUUCUGGGACCGGGGAAGUAAAAGGGUCAGUUGGAGGAACAAUAAAAGAGUAUCGAGAAGGAGGAGUGAACAUGGCCUUCCUAGACAACUACUUCUCUGAGAAAGCAUUUGUGUAUGCAGAUGAAGAUGAAGGCAGACCAGCAAAUGACUGCCUGUUAAUAUACGAUCACGAAGGAAUCGGUACCCCUGUUGGCUCUGUGGGUUGCUGCAGCUUCAUCGGAGAAGACACAGACGAAACGUAUUUGGAUACCUUGGGACCAAAAUUUAAGACCCUAGCAGAGAUCUGUCUGGGCAAAGAGAUCGAACCUUUCCCUGAUGUCAAUCCACCCUGGCCAGGCAUUAACCUCAGCUUUCCCAACCCUGAAAGUGAUCUAAACCUCCCGCCACCUGGAACCACAAUCGUUGUCAACGGAGGCGCGCCUAUGCCUCCCCCGGUCGGCACCACGACGGUGGUCACGGAAAACACCUACACGUCUGGGGCAACCAUCCAGCCCCCAAGGCCAAUGCCAGAUCCUCUGCUGCACGGCAACAUGACGGUGACUGAGACCUACACCUCUGGCUCCUCUGGUCUUUGCGUUGACCCUCUGCGUGCAUCCAACGUUGUUGUGACAGAAAGAGUUGUUGGUCCUGCGUCUGCUUCUGAGCUGCGCGGCAUGCUGGAUAUCCCUGACCUCACGGACGGCUCCAACGUCAUCGUCACAGAGAGGGUGAUCGCACCCAACUCCCGGCUCCCAGCCUCCCUCAGCAUUCCUGAUUUGGUAGAUGGGUCGAAUGUGGUGGUGACAGAAAGGGUGUUCAGGCCUGCCUCCGGCAUGCCAGGCAGCUUAAUAAAUAUUCCCUCGGAGCUAUCGAACGCCCACAACGUAGUGGUCACCGAGAGGGUAAUGUCAGGGUCUGGGAUGAGCAGCCUCGGGGGGACAAGCCUGGGUGGUGCAAAUCUAGGGGGCCUGAGCAGCACCGGGCAGAUGCUCAGCGCCGACUGUCACCUCGGCCAGGCAAUGGGCACUGCAUCCCCUGGCACCUCCCGGAGAAGAGUGACAAAGUACAGCACCGUGCAGUACUCCAGUCAGUAAGGGCUCUGCCGCAGCCCUUCCUGCUGAAGCCACCGUUCACACCACCGCUCGUUAGCUGCCACCCGCCAGGAAUAUUGUUCUUAUUUAUAACUAGGAAAUAGCGCUCAGCUUUCAGGGGUUCCUAACUCGGAUGGAUGAGGAUCCCCGAAGGGUGCCUCGUUUCAAGGCCAAACACAGGACAUUGUCAGUGAAGGGAAAGACGAAGUCAACUUUAAAUUUGUUUCCUUCUCUCCACCUAGCACCAAAAGUGUCCAAACAGAUGCUUAUGUUUUGGGGGAGAGAUCUGAUUGCCGAGCGGAGCAGUGGGAAGGGAUCCUUGUGUGCAUACAGUAGCAGUCUGAAUUGAUGUCACAUCAAAACGUCUUCAAAUCCUGUACUGCUGAGUGAUCUUGCACAAUCAGCAGGCUUGGGUUAACAGCCCCUCACUGACAAGACAGGAAAAGAAUGUAAUUAAUAAUUAGUCAGCUCGAGACUAAAUAAGCACUUUCAAAGGCAUCACUUUGCAUGUAAAUCGAGGAGCGCUAAAAAAUGGCACUUUCAAUCAUUUCUCCCAUCUCCAACAGUUACAAAUAAUAAUCAUAGAAACACAAUACGUUUUCACUGCUUUCUGAAGUUUUCAGUGCUACAGACACUCUGCCACAGUCUGCCAUGCUCUUACUGUCAUGAUGAGGAGCAUGACCAGCAAUGUGCUGCAGUCAGCACUGCCACGUUGACACUGUCACCCAGGACAAUGUUGGCUUCAUCUUUUCUCCAUUAUUUUCACAGCUUUACCUAAAUCUCAAAGGACUUCUGUGCCAACCAAGAGCAUUUAGUCGGAUUUUUGUGCCAAACUAUGAUUACUAUUUAAAAGUCCAACAUCAGGUUAUAUAAAGAGGGCUGUAAGCUCUCCUUUCUGAUACUGACAAGCAGUAGCACAGAAUCAUAGGCUGGUAGGAGUUGGAAGAGACCUCUGGAGAUCAUCUAGUCCGAUCCUCCUGCUAAUGCAGGCACUCCAAGAUCAGGUUGCACAGGAAUGUGUCUGGGCAGGUUUUGAAAGUCUGCAGAGAAGGAGACUCCACAAUCACUCUGGGCAGCCUGUUCCAGUGCUCCAUUAUCCUAAAAGUAAAGAAGUUUCUCCAUAAGUUCAAGUGAAACCUUCUGUGUUCUAGUGUGUAAAUAAAGUUUUAGAAGCUCUGUGAUGUGGGGAGACAUUAGCAACAAUUCCAUCGCUGACACUGGUAACUGAAGCCCUUCAUGAAAAGAAAAAUAAACCACUUGGGAGCAGUAUAAAUUUGCUAAUAAGCACAAUGGAGAAUUGUUAUUUUCAUAUGUCAAUGUACUUUGCAUUGAUAUUUUGAAAGUUUAUUUGAAUGUGUUCAUGGAAAAAAAAAGUCUCUACGAUUCUAUAACCUUAAUUAAAUCUGGCUUUUAUUUUCCCACAAAAACAGCUCUGAUGGACUCUGUUAUUCUAAUACUACCUUAACAUGGCUUAGAAUAAGGUCUGAAGGAGCAAAGUAUUCAGAUGGAGUAUCUGUCUCGUUUAAUUUCU